AUGGAGAAAGUUAUUCGUGAGAUUGGUGGUUCCAGAGGCACAGGACUUAAAUACAAAGAUGAUGAUGGAUAUACAUAUUGGAAAAAUCGACAAUGUCGAAUGCAUUUUACUGUUCGUUGUGCAUCCUGGAGAGCUGGUUGUCGUGCAAAAGGCAAAGUUUUAAACAACGACACUUCGAAAGUUUUUCUGAAGACAGGCCAUGAAACUCAUCCAGAAAACCAAUUGGCAUUAGAAAGAUUCAAACAUAUUUGUAAUCAACGGGCACAGGAUGAACAAUCAUCUCUUCGAGUCAUUUAUAAUGAAAAAAUACAUUUUAAGACAUGUGGUAUGGCGGAGUUUGUAAAUGUUCAUGUCGGUUCAUUUGUCUCACUGCAUAGAACAAUGCUUAGACAUCGACGACGAAUUCAUCCAGUCACUCCUCAGUCUAUGACUGAUUUCCACGUGCAGUUAACUGGAGAUUAUGCGCACUUGUCUAUGAUACAUAAUGAAUCAAUAUACUGUGGCAUUGUUGGUACAACUCAAGAAGAAGGAACCACUUUACUUUUCAUUUUGCCUGGAAUCAAAAAUUUACUUAGGACUGGUUCAACUUUUUUGUUGGAUGGCACAUUUUCCAGUUCACCAAGUUUUGGAAACGAAUGCCAACAAUUGUAUGUCAUAAUGGGCAUAGCGUUUAAUACUGUAAGUUUUGUAUGCAAUUUGUAAAUACUAUUGAAUUAGUAAAUCAUCAUUUUACUAUUUAGAUUAUUUUAAGUUAUUUAUUUAAAAUCGAUAUAUAAAAAUAUUUUUUUUCAGGGAUUUCCUAUAGGAUUUGCAUUAAUGUCAAGGAAAACAGAAAGCGCAUACACUGUACUUUUCAAUAAAAUAUUGAGCAUAGUG